AUAAAACGGCCAGAGCCAGAAGUUGAAUCGCAAGGUUUAUCAUAGCUAUCAGCAGAGUAAAGAGCACUCUCUGUAAUCUAAACAAUGGCGAUUUCUAGGAUUGCUAUCGGCAAUACAUCGGAGCUGGGCCAAGCCAAUGCUCUUAAGGCUGCCUUGGCUGAGUUCAUUUCAGUGCUCAUCUUUGUGUUCGCCGGGGAAGGCUCCGGCAUGGCUUUCAACAAGCUGACGGACAAUGGAUCGACGACGCCGGCGGGGCUCGUGUCAGCUUCGUUGGCUCAUGCCUUUGCAUUGUUUGUGGCGGUUUCAGUUGGCGCCAACAUUUCAGGAGGUCACGUGAAUCCCGCUGUUACGUUCGGCGCCUUCAUCGGGGGUCACAUCUCUCUCUUUAGAAGCAUUCUGUACUGGAUCGCCCAAUUGCUCGGCUCUGUUGUUGCUUGCUUACUCCUUAAAUUUUCCACCGGUGGACUGGAAACAUCCGCUUUCUCAUUAUCCGCGGGAGUGGGUGCAUGGAACGCGGUGGUGUUUGAGAUAGUGAUGACCUUCGGUCUGGUGUACACGGUGUAUGCGACGGCCUUAGACCCAAAGAAGGGUAAUGUUGGGAUAAUUGCUCCGAUCGCGAUUGGUUUCAUCGUCGGAGCUAACAUCUUGGCGGGUGGGGCCUUUGACGGAGCAUCCAUGAACCCAGCGGUCUCUUUCGGACCAGCCGUCGUGAGCUGGACGUGGGCCAACCACUGGGUUUACUGGCUAGGUCCCUUCCUGGGUGCAGCUAUUGCCGCCAUUGUCUAUGAGAUGUUAUUCAUGAGCCAAACUCAUCAACAGCUCCCCACCACGGAUUAUUAAGGGCAACAAAACGCCCCUCUACCCGACCCUGUUUAUGUUGAAAGUGGGGUUGCUUUCUUUAUUUGGCUUCUGUUGUUUAAGGCGCUACCUCUUGUUUGCAAUUUUUGUUUGAUUCCCUUCGUCUUUGUCAUUUGUAUUGUUCACUAAGAUUAUGCUAUUUUGUAUGCCUAUCUUCAAUUUUUAGCAUCUCAUGUCA